AUGAACUGCGUCUACCACAGCAAGGCAGCAUGUGUGGAGGCCCUCCAGGCCGUCGAACGCCUGCGUCCGAGUUGGUGGACGCCGCCGUGUGGAGAGUUUCUGCGUCGCGCGGAGCGCACCCCAACCGUCUCUGCGCAAUCAACUGAAAAGAUACUUGUCGUCUUGGAAGGCCUCGACGGCGUUGGAAAGUCUGUCGUGGCGAAUUCUCUGCUCGAAAAGCUUGGCGGGUCGGCGAUGCUGCUGCGUACGCCGGGCCCUGCUUUCAGCAACAUUCGUGAGCUCUUCCGCGCGCAGCAGGAGGAAACCGCGCGGGCCUUCUACUGCGCCGCAAAUUACCUCGCCGCCUGGGACGCGCUCCACGCCACCCAGGAGCACAGGAUUGUCUUGUUUGACCGCUGGUGGUGCUCCACAUGCGCCAUGGCGCUUGCAAACCGCUGCACUCUGGCGACGCUUCCCGCGGCAGGCGACGCGGUGUACCGGUGGCCACAGGACCUUCCCCGGUUCCAGCUGGGGGUGCUGCUGCACGUGGACGAGCGCAUCCGUCAGGCGCGAAUACGGCAACGGGCCCCGGAGGACGCGGAGGAGCGACGGCUCAGUGCGCAGCAGGAGAUGCGUGCGGUCGCGAUGGAGGCGUAUCGUCGCUUUGGUUUGCUCACCGAAGUCCGAGUUGUGACGUACGGUGUGGCGGUGAACCGCAUUUUGGCCCUCAUGACGGAGAAGGGUCUGCCGCACAGUGCGACGCCCUUCACUGGGGAGGAGUUGGCCGGAAUCCGCCCCUUCUAG